AUGGUCACUUUGCACAAGCGCUUCACGUAUAUGCUGCAGUACUGCAACAAGGUGACGACCAACCUCCGGACCAUGUACUACUCGUCUCGGUCCUCGCGAUAUACGAACUGCAAGUCGACAACGCCGAGCGUCGACGUGACCCAGGACAUGAUCGUGCAGCGAGUGCUGAAAAGCCUCACGCCAUUGCUGCACCAGCUGCCCACGGACCGCUUUGACGCCGAGGGCCGCGCCAAGGUCGAGGCCAUCGUACGCCGUGCGAUCGACGCCAAGCAGCCCAUCACGUUUGUGAUCCCGGCCUUUCCGUUCAAGUCGCCCAACACGACCGAGAAGACGCUCGGCGUGCUUCCGGACCGCGGCGAAGAGCUCGCGAUGGAGCGUCUCGAAACGCUUUGCCAAGAGAUUGAGCGAUUGUACCCGAUCGGCGUCCAGAUGGUCAUUUUCAGCGACGGGCGCAUCUUCAACGACAUCAUUGGCGUCUCGACGGAUGCGAUGGACGCGUACAUGGCCGAGCUCGAGGCCAUGGCGGUCGCGGCCAAGCACAGCCACAUCAAGUUUGACCGGCUCGAACACUACACCACGUCCGAGGACCCCAACCAGGAGCUUCUCGAGCGCUACAACUGCGACAAGAUUGACAUGAAGAAGCUUCUGAAAGACGACGCGGGUGUCCUUGCCACCUACCGCGGCUUCCGGCGCUUCCUCACCAAGGACCUCGCGCACAAGUGGGUCGGCAUGUCCAACUCGGCCAUCGACAAGGCUGCGGGCGCCGCCGCCAAGCUCAUGAUCCAGCGCAACAUGGCCUUCUCGACGCUCGUCGACGACUGCUACCCGGACGCGGUCCGCCUCUCGAUCCACGCCUACGACAACGCGGGCCCCAAGUACGGCGUCGCGCUCAUCCCGCAGCUCGAGAGCUCCAACGGGUCGAUCCCGACCACGCCGUGGCACUGCGUCAUGGUCACCGAUAUGCACGGCCGCGAGUUUUCCGCCAAGCACGAAGACAUUGAUUUGGAGCUGUACGAGCUGCAGUACAAGUUUGGCCGGCCGUGGUGCUACAUGGCCAAGGUCGAGUUGGCCCCCGAGUGGGCGACCCUCAACAUCUCGGUCUCGCCGUGGCGCCAAGGCGUGACGCUGACGAGCCAGAACAACGAGAUGGUGUCGGUCACGGCCGUGCCGCGCCACCUCUUGCGCACGCUCGCGACCAAGUACAGCGUCGUGCUCCUCCGCGGCUUCCGCACCGACGAAGACCUCGACACGGUCGCGUCGCACAUUGGCGAGAUCCUCAUGUGGCCCACGGGCAGCACGCUCGAGCUCAAGCAAGACGGUGCCGCCGGCCUCGCGUCGCGGUCCCACGAACCCAUGGCGUUCCACUACGACGGCAUGUUCAAGCGCAUUCCAGACAGCGACAUUCUCGGCGACGUGCCUUUGUACCAGUUCUUCCAGUGCUUGGCGCCGUACCCCGAGCGAGACUCACCGUUUGGUCGCACCAUGUUUGUCGACACGCGCCGGCUCCUCGCCGCCUUGCCGCCGACGGACGUCGCGCGUCUUCGGACGCUCAAGAUGACGGCGACGACGGCCGCCAACGUCAUGUACGGCUCGGCGACGCUGACGCACCACAUGGACCUCGUGUGCCAGCACCCGGUCGACGGCCAGGAGAUCCUUCGCUUCCACGAGCCGUGGGACGCCGACAAGACCAACCUGCAGCCGACACAGAUUGCGAUCCGCAGCAAGAACGAGGCGGCGACCGAGGCCGACCACGCGAUCGAGCAAGCGUGGGUCUUUGAGACGCUCGUGCCGCUCCUCUACAGCGACGAGUUCAAGUACGCGCACGAGUGGCAAGCCGGCGACUACGUGCUCUCAGACAACGUUGCGCAGCUGCACAGCCGGACGCCCGUGCCGAAAGCAGGCCGGGAGAUCCGCCGCAUCCACGUCAACUAG